UCAAGUGUUUGUUACCAAGUCGAAGGACUAGGCUCGUUCCACUAACGUCUAGCUAUUGACUGACUGGCUUCCCUUUAAUAUUAGCCCGUCCGAAUCGGCAAAUUAAUCUGCUCAUUCUUUUCAUUCCCGUGUUGUAGAUACACUCACGGCUCGUGCUCCCGAGAGCCCCCGUAAAUAUCUGCCUCAUAAUUUGAUUAUUCCUACCAUGUAUACUUAGUCACGGACACGGACAGCGAUAGCGAACUCGUGGUGGUAGAUAGCUGCGACGAACGCGUGCUGUAUGCCACGACCUCAUAUGCAGUAGUAACAGAAGCAUCAGCAGCAAUAUCAUGAGGCCAGGCGACCCAUCCACGUCGUCCCCCCAGCAAGUACAGCAAGUGCACGCCCACAAGGGCCGCAGCCUUCCGAGCGUGCGCAGUCUGUCGUCGGGGCUGCUGCCAUCGUUCCGCGCCAUCUCCAGCUACAUCCGCCAUGUCUCCUCCUCCGCCGACUCCCUCGUCGCCUCCGCCGUCCGCUCCGCCUCCGCGUCCGUCGCCGCGGCCUUGGCGCCGGGGGACGACAGCCAGAACAAGGAGCAGGUCACGUGGGCGGGGUUCGGGUCGUUGGAGGACGCUUCAUCAUCGUCGUCGUCGUCGUCGAGCGGCGUGCGCGUGUCCGGCACGCGCCGAGUGCUGCUCGUGGCGUACACCACGGGCUUCCACGUGUGGGACGUGCAGCAGCCACAUGCCGUGCGCGAACUCGCCUCGCGACGCGACGGCCCCGCCGAGUCGCUCCACCCCCUCCCUUACGUUUCUAGAACCACCCCCGAGAGCCCCCUGCACGACGCGCAUCCCGUGCUGUGCGUCGUGUGUCCCCCUGCGGCCGUUCCUCCUCCCUCCGGGGUAGCUUUUGAAAGUCGGAGGUUGUCUGGCCAAUUUCCGUACUUGGACGAUGAUGAACCGUACGCUGACGUGGCGGACGGGGUGGAUGAGCCGUACGCGUGCGAAGAUGAAACGGGUGGCGAGCAGAGCGUGGUGCGGUUGUACUCGUUGCGGAGCAGCUCGUACGUGCACUCGAUUGCGGUGGCGGGCAGGGUGAUGGGCGUGCGGAGCAACCGCACGGUGCUGGCCGUGGCCGUCGCAGAGCAGAUCUACAUAUACGACCUGGCGACCCUCAGCACGGCCUUCAGCGUGCUCACCCAUCCGCACCCCCUCCCCCCCUCGCUGCCCGGCAUCGCCCGCACCUCCCCCCACGGCGCGCUCGCGCUGGGGCCGCGCUGGCUCGCCUACCCCUCCAACCAGCCGCUCGCACCCCACAUCACCACCGCCCCCCUCCCCUCCUCCGCCUCCUCUUCCUCUGCCGCCGCCGCUGCAGCAGCAGCAGGGGCUGCAGGGGCGGGGGCGGCGCUGGUGGCGCAUUACGCCAAGGAGUCGGGGAAGCAGCUGGCGGGGGGGAUAGCUGCCCUGGGGGACCUGGGGGUGCGGACGGUCAGCAAGUACUGGACGGACAUGGUGACGGAUUCCGCCACUGGCUCAGGUGUUUCGACGGCCUCAGGUGGUUCUUCAGGUGCUUCAGGUGUUCUGGCAGGGUCGGGGUCUCCCUGGAGCAGCAGGAGUCCGGAGCACAUGUUUGCUCCAGACUCACCACACGCAUCGGUGUCAGGGGUUUCAAUGUCCGGGGCAUCGGUGUCGGGGUCGUCGACAGACGGGUAUGCGGACGCGAGUCCAAGAGCAGGAGCGCAUGCUGCCGGGCUGCCGUCCGUCCCACCUGUUGACCCCACCCAUGCUGGCAACGUGGUGGUGCGGGACGUGGCGACGAGGGCCAUCAUAGCGCACUUCAGGGCGCACGGCAGCGCCAUCGCGCUGCUGGCGUUUGACUGCUCCGGCACGCUGCUGCUCUCCGCCUCGCUCUGCGGCCACUCCCUCAACGUCUUCCGCCUAACGCCCGCCCCCACCCCUGCCAACGCACCAGCCGCGCCCGCACUCGUUGACAGCAAGCCACAGGACGGCUGCUCGUAUGUACAUUUGUACAGGCUUCACCGAGGACUCACUAACGCUGUGAUUCAGAGCGCGGCCAUCUCGCACGACAGCCGGUGGGUGGCCGUGUCAUCAGCGCGCGGCACCACGCACCUCUUCGCCAUCUCGCCCUUUGGAGGACCCGUGGGGCCCGCAACCCACCUGCCCUCCCCUUCCUCUCCCACCCUCCUCCACCCUGUAUAUACCCACUCCCCGUCCCUCCUCCCCCCUCCCCCCCCCCGCCCCUGGUGGUCCUCGUACGCGCCCCUGCGCUUCUCCUCGUCUCCCUCGCAUGCCCCUCCCCCUCUGCGCGUCCCGGCGCCAGUGGCUCUCUCGUCGGUGGCGCGCAUCCGCAACGCCAACAGCGGCUGGCGGGGGAAUGUGACGGGCGUGGCAGCGGCAGCAGCAGGGCUGGGGAUGGAGAUCCCAGGCGCCGUCGCCGCUGCUUUCCACUUCGGAGGGGUGCCAGGUGGUGGGGUGUUGGGAGGGCGAGGGGAAGCGGGGCACCAGCAGCAGCAGCAGCAGCAGCAGCAUCAGCAGGUACUUGCCGGGCAGUUUUACGGGCAGCCAGAGUGGGCUCCGCCGCCAAUAGCAGAGCAGCUGUGGGUGUUCUCUCCCUUGGGCCACCUGAUUCGCUACCACCUCACGCCAUAUGCCGCUGCCUCAGACCCCUCAUCCUCCUCCUCCUCCUCCCCAUCCCACAGCCACGGCCGCGCCAUGCACCCGCCCAAUUCAUACAGUCAGGCGUACAGCAGCCACACUUACGACCCCAGGGGCUCGUACCUGCCACCUCACGGCGCGACCAGUGCAGGGGCCAUGCAGCCUGGCAGGGGCGCCAUCCCCCCCUUCUCCCCCAUCCCGCCGUUCCCCCCCAUGGCGCAGUCUGACUCCUCUGUGCUGGGGGGUCGCUCCUUUGAGCGCCUGCCCUCGCUGCCCACGCUUGCCCUGCGCUCUGCUGCUGCCGCCGCGGGAGUGAGCGUGCGGGGCAUGGGGGGGGGCGGGACCAGGGCGGGAGGGGAGGUGGUGCUGCAGGUGGCAGCGGAGGCGAGUGAGGUGUGGGACGUGUGCCGCCGGGUGAGCUGGAGCGACAGGGACGAGCCCAUUCAGGGGGCGUGGGACGCGCACAGUACUGCUGCUGCUGCUGCUUCACUUGAUGCUGCUGCUGGCAGCAGUGGGCGUUGUUCGGCAGAAGAGGGUCGGCAGAGGGCGGUAGAGGAGGCGGAACAGCGGGCGUAUCUGAUGCACGCGGAGGUGCAGCUCACCACCAGCAGAGCCACGCCGCUGUGGGCGCGCACCUAUAUUCGGCUUCAGCCCGAGGACUCACCAUCUAGCAGCAGCCACACCGCCUCCCAGUCACCAACGCAAGGCCGCACCACCCAUCCACCGCUGCCAAGCCACACACCCCAAGGCACCCCUGCGGUCACAGGCAUGGGUUCAUCUCCCCCCCUUCACCCUCGGGACUCCGUAUCUGCCUCCCCUUCCUCUUCCAAUUUGCCUGUGCGCCCGCGUGCUGCCCGCCCUCCCAUAGUCGAGGGCUUUGCAGACAGCAGUGGGGGGCACCAGGCACGCCACAGGCAGCAGCAUACUGGCGGCAUGGAAGGACUGGGCGCACCGGCAGAGGCAUAUGCGGGUGGUGACCACAGGGGCGGCGAUCACAGUGGUAGCAUCAGCGCCAGCAGGCGCACGUCCGCUCUUGGAGGGCUGCUCAGGCACGCUGCUGCUCCCCUGCCUCCUCCGCUCCUACCAGCACCCGUGCCAGCAGCAGCAGUUUCGGGGCUGCAGGGGCUGGAGGGCCUAGAGGGGCUGCAGGGGCUGGAGGGCCUAGAGGGGCUGCAGGGGCCGCAAGGGGUGCACGGGACGCGAGUGGAGUCGCAUGGGGGCGUCUUGGGCGCCGUGCCUGCGGCCAUGGGCAGCAGCAGCACGCAGGACGCAGGGGGCUCUGGGUGGGGGCAUGCAGCGCAGGGGGCGAGGGCGGGGCUGGGGGGAGCAGGGAGGCGAUGGAUCCAUAGGUGGGAUGGGUGGAGCGGUGGGUGAAGCAGGACGCACGUUGGGCGCAUUGGCUGGGGAGGGGGGAACGACAGGCGUUGCUGGGGGGAGGGGUGAGCGGAGAGAGAGCGUGGAGGAGGGAGAUGGUCCAGCUGCUGCUGGGCUUUUAGCACGUGCUCCGAGGGCAGUGGAGGAAGGUGGGCAGGAGGGGGAGCAGGGGAGAAUGGGAGUUGUAAUAAGCGGGAGGCGCGAGGGCGAGAGAGGAGACUCGCUGGGAGUGUUUUCAUUUGACGACCCAUGGCUCACCGACGACCCCCACGGCUUAGGU